AAGCGGGGCUCUGAGAAACAUGACAGCAGUGGGGUCCGGCGAAGGCUUCGGCUCCAUAGCGUGGUGGGGUCUCUCCCCGGUGCUGGAUCUGCAGCAGGAAUGUCCCCUCCCACACUCGGAAGAGGGGGAACCACCGGGGGCUGAACUCCUCGAACUGAACGUCCUGCUGAUGGGCUCGGUAGAUGGCCGCCAUGUCCUGCGGACCAUGGCACAGGCGGCCCGCUGGCCCCAGCGCCGGGUUAAUUUCUUCAUCCUGGAGCCCAGCCUAGAGAACGUCGCCCGGCAGAUGCUGUUCCUGACCCUGGCCCUGGAAGACCCGGACAAGAUGGGGCUGCAGGAGCGUGUCGAGAUGUUCCUGGAGCUGUGGGGAAACUCGCUGCUGCGGACCGCCGUGGCCAGGUACCUACAGGCCCAGGCCCAGCUCCUCGCCCGGCUCCUGCCCGAGCCCGUCCGCCUGCAGGAACUCCUGCCUCUGUUCAGCCUCAGCGACCUCAAGUUCCGGGAACGAGAUGGGCUGGAAGCCAUUUUCCGAUUCUGGGCGCGAGCCACGCCGGGGGCCUUCCCGCUGCCCCAGCUCUGGGACGCCCGGCUCCGUCACUACCUGGGCUCCCGCUACGACUCCCGAACGGGAGUCAGCGACUGGGAUCUCAACAUGAAGCUGCACGACCGUGGGGCCCAGGUCAUCGGCUGCCGCGAGUACCGACGCUGGAGGGACACCGGCGUGGCCUUCGAGCUCCGGGAUGCCUCGGCCUAUCACGUGCCCAACCUCAGCCUGGCGUCCAGCCGUCUGGUUGUCCACCGUGGAGAGCGAGUCUGUGCCCGAGGGUACUGGGGGGAUGUGGCCACGGGGCCCUUCAUAGCCUUUGGCAUCGAGACCGAGAAUAAGAACCUCCUCCGGACCAGCAACGGGAUCCCCACCAAGUCCGCUAGCGAGAUCUCUCUGUACAACGUCACCGCUUUGUUUCGGGAGCUGAACCCCGGGCCAUCGGGUCCUGAGAGCGGGAAGGAAGCGGGAGACCAGGAAGAGACCGGAGCCCCCGGAGUUGCCUCCUGCCUUCCUCCAGGCCCUCCCAACUUGGGCCUCUUCCGGGUCCACUUUCUGCCCCUGGACUCUGCCGCCAACCUGCCCCACCGGAGCAAAUUCUUCCAGCGGUUUCAGCUCGUCUACACCUCCUGCGGGAUGCUUCAUCAGCUCCGUCCUGACCUUCGGGCCUGUGUGGCCCCCGGGGGCCACCUUGUGAUCGAACUGGCCAGGUACCUGGUCGAUCUGCGGGCGGAGCAAAUGGCCACAUUUGUGGAGCGGGCAAGAGAGCUGGCUCAGGCCGCUGGCUUCUCCCCUCUACUCCCGGGAGGGGAUUCCCGCUCCCCCACGGACACGGACACCUUUGCCCGCUUCUCCCUGUCCCCUGACCCCUAAUUCCCUCGCAACUUCCACGCCCUCCCCCAGUCUGCCUCCUCACCCCCAUCCCCAAUUCCCCCACCAGGCCUCUCUACCCGAUCCCCUUCUCAGCUCCUUCUGGAAUGGAGCGGAGGAGAUGGGAAGGGGGCCUCCCCACUCCGUCCCUCCCAUGACUGUUCCGGCAGGAAUAAAGUAUCCCGGAUGGUAACCUUC